GAAGCUUGGGAAUAAUGUCACUGUUUAGGGGGCAGGGGAGCGCUUUAACCCGGUCACAACGUGGGGAAGUUGCUCACGGUUUUUCUGCGUUGCCAUGGGGUUUUGUAAAACCUAUUGACUGCGAUAGGGUCCCUUCUUUUCUUUGAGUCUGUCUUUGUGGAGGAGGAGGAAAAAACCGCUAUUACUUUUUCUUACAGAGGCGGGGGGAGUGAUAGUAGCAUCCAAGGGAGGAGGGAGGUAGCCUACUCCGGUACAGACCAACUGCGAGGCAAAGCGGCGUUACGUUUACAGUUAAACCUUCCUCUCUCUUCCAGCGGUGGAGAAAAUUCAACUUUCUGAACGGCUGCCACGACAUGAGUUGCAUCUGAAGGUACUGCAUCUUCAGCGCACCAGAGAAAUGAACUAAGGACUGAAUAGGAGAGAGCACUCGUUUCUUGAGGACAUACAAGAUUCAAGGAGAAACCAUGAGGCUGCAGAGUAGCCCAGAAUUGGCCACCGUGCUGGGCUUGAUCACCUGUGUUUGUGUCUUUCAUACGACUACAGCCAUUGACAUCCCACUGGAAGUUUUAAGUCAUAUAAACAUUGAGCAGCUGCCCACCAUCACAGCUCAGUCGCCCAGCUCUCUCAUAGCCUUCCCUUUUGAUGAGAGCUUCCCCAUGAUGUGUGAAGCCAAAGGAAAUCCCGAGCCAGAAUUCAGAUGGACGAAGAAUGGCCAGGAAUUUGACCCCUCUCUAGACCCCCGGCUGAUGAAAGAGGAGAGUUCUGGGACCUUUGUGAUUCCCAAUAAUGGGAACCUUACAGAGUACCAGGGAAUCUAUCGCUGUUACGCCUCCAACAAACUGGGGACCGCCAUAUCGAAGGAGAUUGAGUUCAUUGUGCCCCAUGUUCCAAAGUUUCCUAAAGAAACACUUGAUCCUGUUGUAGUGGAGGAAGGUCAGCCUUUUACUUUAAAAUGUAAUCCACCUAAAGGAAUACCUCCCCUCCAGAUCUACUGGAUGACUAUCAAUCUUCAGCACAUAGAACAGGAUGAGAGGGUGUCUAUGGGCUUGAACGGAGACCUUUAUUUCUCUCACGCGGUGGACAAGGACAGCAGGAGAGACUACUGCUGCUUUGCCGCUUUCCCAAGAAUACGAACCAUCGUUCAGAAGACCGCCAUGUCUGUCAUCGUCAAGACAAAAAAAAGUGACAUGAGUCCUGAAAGUGCUAAUGCAAUCCUUGAAAGAAAACCCUCUCUUCUGACGCCCUCUACUGCCAGAUCAGAGACACAGCUGGUUAAAGGAGAGGACUUGAAAUUGGAGUGCAUCGCUGAAGGAUUUCCAACUCCGCAGGUUACGUGGGUGAAGAUGGGUCAUCAACUUCCCAUUAAAGCAAAAGUGGAGAAUCAUGGGAAAUUGUUGAUUGUGCCAAGAGUUGAACAGGAAGACAGCGGGAAGUACAUGUGCAAGGCAAAGAACGGACUUGGAGAAGCUGUCCAUUACUUCACCCUGAAAGUCGAAGAGCCUCCUGAGUGGGUGAUUGAGCCGGAGAGUCAGCUAAGUAUGAUCGGCUCAGACGUGCACAUCAAGUGUUCUGCCAGUGGGACUCCUCAGCCGACUGUAACAUGGAGAGUGAACGGUGAACUUCUGCAGGGGGCCCCUGCAGCAAACAGGAAGGUGUUUGAUGACACCAUAGUUUUACAUAACGCCAAAGCAUCUGACAGUGCGGUCUAUCAGUGUGAGGCCUCCAACAACCAUGGAACCCUUCUGUCAAAUGCAAACAUCAUGAUCAUGAAUCUAUCCCCCAUGAUUUUGACCAAGGAGGGGGAAGAUUAUACCGCUGUUGAGGGGAAGGGAGUGAUUAUGCACUGCAACGUCUUCAGCUCUCCUCCCUCUACUAUCACUUGGAGCAAAGACGACUCCUCUGAAUCCGUGGAGGGGCCGAGGCAUUCCAUUCACGACAAUGGGUCGCUGGAGAUCUACACCGUGGAGAAAGAAGACACAGGACAGUACACGUGUUUAGCUAAAAACACAGAGGGAUCGUCUGCCAUUGACGCCAUGCUCUAUGUGAAAGAUCCCACUAGAAUAGUCGUGGCCCAGGAGGACCUGCAGAUCCUAAUAGGCACCACGGCCCGGCUCUCAUGCCUCGCAGAGUACGACAAGUCCUUUAGCAAUGACUUUGAGCUCCUUUGGGAAAAAGAUGACAUGAAGAUAGCCCUCAACAACACUGAGAAUUCAAGAUAUUUUGUGGAAGAGGGUAUUCUUCAAAUUAUCAAUGUAAGCCAUAGGGACCAGGGUGUGUACACAUGUGUGGCACAAACUCCAGUGGACCGAGACACAGCCUCAGCACUGCUCAUGGUGUUAGAUGUCCCCGAUGCACCCGAGUACUUGGUACUGUCUGAACACAAGAGCAAAAGUGUGAAACUGAAAUGGAUCCCUGGGGACGAUCACAACAGCUCCACCACAGAGUUUAUUAUUGAAUACGAGGAAAGCCAGUGGGAGCCCGCAAACUGGAAGGAGCUGCUCCGAGUACCUGGAAACCACAACUCAGCAGUGCUCAAACUCCACGGCCAUGUCGACUAUCGCUUCCGCGUGUCUGGUUUAAAUGCUGUAGGGAGGGGUCUUCCCAGCAGGCCCACAGAAAGAUACAAAACCCCCCCGGCAGCUCCUGACAAGAACCCUCAAAAUAUCAAAAUCGAAGGUCAUUUACCACAUGAAAUGGAUAUCAACUGGGAGCCCUUGUUACCCAUUGAGCACAAUGGUCCCGGUUUGGAGUAUAAGGUGAGUUACAGGAGACAGGACGUGGAGGAGGACUGGAAGGAACACAUGGUGAAGAGACACUCGUUUGUGGUGAAGAACACUCCCACCUUUGUGCCCUAUGAGAUCAAGAUCCAAGCCAGAAACCAUCAGGGCUGGGGCCCGGAGCCCAAGAUAGUGACCGGCUACUCAGGAGAGGACUCUUUCUUCUGGACUUGCCCCCAGGAAGUAUCCUCAGUUCCCUCUGCUGCACCUGAUAAUGUUGCUGUGGAGGUGAUGAACAGCUCAGUGGUCAAGGUUAGCUGGACGCGUGUACACAAGGACAAGUUACAUGGACAUCUGGGAGGCUACAGGAUAAACUGGUGGCGUCUGCGCAGUCUGGCGGCCUCAAAAAAAAGCCACGGAGAAAAACAUACACUAACAUUCCCCGGGGACCAGUCCCACGCCACGGUACCAGGGCUAAAACCCUUCUCUGAGUACAGCCUCAUCGUCAUGACCUUCAACGGGCGGGGCAACGGCCCUGGCAGCCCUCCCCUCAGCUUCAAAACCCCGGAGGGAGUCCCUGAGAAAAAUCCUGUUUUCAGGGUCACAGAAGUACAGAAGCACACUGUCUCUCUGGUCUGGGCCCCGCCAUUGGAGCCUAAUGGGAUUCUCACAGGGUACCUCCUCGAGUAUCAGCUCAUCAACGACACAGAAGAAGUGGGGCCACUGCAGACAGUAGACAUCAACAACCCCAACACCACCAAGUGGAACCUGCGUGACUUGGAGCCUGUGAGCAAAUACAAAUUUUACCUGCGCUCCUGCACCACGGUGGGCUGCGGGCCCGUUGUCAGCGAGGAGUGCACCACUACUCUAGAAACAACUUCCACUUUGACUUCCACCCUUGGCCUCAGCAAGUCAGCUUCCCCCUCACCUCCAAGCACUCCAAAGUCCCCAGUGACCAAACCCACUCGUUCCACGAUAGUCCCGGCCCUGUUGAAUUUUAGCUCAGCUGUUAGUGACAGCUUUGCAAAUAUCAGCUGGAUAUCUGGAGGAGAGCACACAGAGUUUUUUAUUGCAUAUAUGAACAACCGUGAGGGUCUCUGGAAGAUAUCAGAGGCCUUAAACACCUCUAAGACUUUCCACAUCAUUGAUGGGCUCGACCCCGGGACAGAGUACACUGUGCGCCUUAUUCCUAACAGCUGGGUUGAUAAUUCUAGCAUAUUUGAAGAUGUUAUCACGACCGAGUUUACAGGUCUGGCCAGCAUCCAUGGAGGAAUAUCCACCAAGGGCUGGUUUAUCGGCCUGAUGUGUGCCAUUGCUCUCCUCACACUCAUUGUGUUGAUCGCCUGCUUUGUCAACAGAAACAAAGGAGGGAAGUAUUCCGUAAAAGAAAAAGAGGACCUUCACCCAGACGUGGAGUCCCAGGGCAUGAAUGACGACACAUUUUGUGAAUACAGCAUGCACGAGGUUCACAUGGAGCCUCACACUUCUUCUGUUCAAGACAUUUGAUGGCCAGAGUAACUGGAAAUGACAGCGACGAGAAGCCGCUGAAGGGCAGCCAACACUCGCUGAGCAGAGAGAUCAAAGCCGGGGACAGCGGGGACAGCCUGGUGGACUAUGGGGAGGAGGACGUUCAGUUCAACGAGGAUGGGUCCUUUAUCGGCGAGUAUGCGGGGCGAAAGGAGAAGAGGGUGUCCGCUGAGAUCAAAGCCACUAUUCAGACCCCGGCAUGAGGAGCAAGAACCGCCAUCCAUCUUCGCCUAGACAAGGUUUUCAUUAUAAACCUGCUAGGAGGAACAAAUGAAAGAGGAAACAGACGUUAUCCAUACCGAGCACAAGUUUUGUGUCAAAUGUAAUGCGUCAUUGCCAACUGCACACUGCCACCCUCAUCUUAUAAAGUUCUGUUUUGUCGGGUUGCAACAGAAUGGCCAUUACUAAAUACUGUGUAUAAAUAGUGUAUAUUGUAUGUGCGGAGUGUCUUUUUUUUUAAAAUAAUUAUUACACAAACAAUUUAGAGGGCUUGCAUUUUCUUUCUUUUUUAUCUCCAGUACUUCAACUGCAGUACUGUUUGUACAAAUGUCAGAAAAUGCCACUUUCCAAUAUACAUAAUUUUAUACAGCUUUGCCUGUGAUAUCCUCUUGUAACAGACCACAGAUAAGUGGGAAAAUCAAGUUGAUAAUGUUUUUUAAUUGGAUCAAAUAUUACUGACCUGUUAUAUUUGAAAUUGAUUAAUUAAAUAUGAGUAUAAAAGAGUAUAAAGGUUGUUUAUUAACUUAUUUUCUUCCAGUGAUUUUAUACCUGAUAAAAUAACAAUGAAAUUGACAUAUCAUAAAUGGUGAUUGUUCAGUCAUGAAUCUCCCAGUGAUGUCAGAAGAAAAUAAAAUGUAGCUAUUAUGGCUUUUUCUUAGCACUCAGAUCCGUUGGACAGUAGAAAUUACAGACCUCGGUCUGUGCUGUUAUGCGCCCCAUGCUAAUAAUGCAAUGGAAUAUAUGGAAGUAUUCCCUAGGUCAAGCUCCAAAAAUGCAAAUAAGUCGUCCAGACCGAACCACAUAGGUUGUUUUUUUACUACCCUCUAAUACGACCCACAGGGGCGUUUUAAGAAACCUAGAGGGGGCAGGAAAUACGACACAUACAUCUAAACAACGGGUCGAUGCAUAGUCUGUGUAAGUGAAGCCAAAACAUCUUGAUCCCCCCCACCCCCAGUAUAGUUCAUAAAUCCUGCCCACUCCAUAGCGGAUGGGACAUGGGCCAAACUUAAUAAGGAAAGUACACGUCAAAUAUAUUUUUCAAAAAGAUGGGUUCCUUCAUUUUAGGUAGUUGUUGACAAACAUGCUGAUGUUUGUUGAAGUAUUCCUCUUUCUGAUAAAUUUGGUUUUUAUCAGUUAUUUAAUGCUUAACAAACGGGGUGAAACGUCAUGAUUGACAGCUGUGAUUGAUUCAUGAUUGGUCGGGCGGGUGCGCGGGCAGGACUUGGGUACCUCAGCUCCACUGCCUGAUCACUACCGGGCAGUCUCGCUCCACGAUUACGACAUGGCAGCGUCUGUACCUGGGAUAUUUCAUGUUUAUACAGUGGGGGGGGGGGGAGAGGAGAGGCGUCAUCCAUCUUUAACACAGUCUAAGAUCUAAACCAGAGAACGUUACCGCCACACACCAUUAGAGUUGUGAAACGGACGUGUUAUGGUGAGGUUUAUGCACAAAAACUGCUUUGUUUUGUUUAGAAAAAGAUCGUGGUUUGGGUUCAAAUCAUGUCACGUUACUUCACUUACGCAUGUGACCCAGAAGGGGACAUAGUUGAGUUUUUUUUUUUUUAACACUGAGAUGAAUUAUUUUUUAAACAGGACACAAACCCCGGUCUCCUGGCUCAAUGUCCUGUGUUUGUCUGAACCAUGGACCACCCCAAGUAUGGGGAAUACUCUUAUACUUCAUCCCCUUACUUCCUGCUUUGCUCUUGUCAUAAUUACUACAGCCGCUUUAGGCCACCUUCACUAUAAACGUAAAUAUGAGUCGAAUAUAAUUGAAAGUCCAAGAUUAGAUAACCUCAGUGACUUCACUCUGACAUAAUCAGUUAUUUUAUCUUCACAAAGCAUCUCCUCUGUAUUUGUAGACUGAAUACUCUCAAUAAUCUGUAAACCGAUUUUCAUGUAUGAACUGGUGGACUGCCCCUUUAAAGAAGCAAGUGCAAAGUACUUGUAAUGGACUAUAGACUUUGUUUGUAAUCAGAAUAUUGGGAUCUGGUUGCAUGAUGUGUGACAUCCUUCCUACCCUGCUGAGAUCCAAUGGGCUGUAGUCACUGCUCUAUCCGUCUUAACAAGCCUUACUCUGUUACUUUCAAUAAACUGCCAUUCAAAGCACAAUCAUCAUGUUGUCACAAUUAACAUUAGCACCACGAUCAGAAAAAUUGCAAUGUUUUGUAAAUUUUUUGCCAAUGCAUGUUUAGAAUGUUAAUUGGUGUUUUUUGAUGUCAUUAAAUUGCUUUACUUUCUUACACCCUGGUAAUGGUCUGACUGCCUGAAAGAGUAUUAAUGUUGUUGAUAACUCCACUGCUGUUUGUUCAUACAUGACUACAUGACUGAAUAAACCUCUGCCUUUACCUCCAGUCAGCAGUAAAAUAGGAUAGAAAACGAUACCUGGUGAAACGUCCUCUUUGCCUCUGAAUAAAAUAGAAGAUGUGUGACAAA